AGGAAUGUGGUUUCGUUUCGAUGCGAGCCAGCUGUUUAGAAGCGGAAGUCUGUUCUGAAAAAAACAACAACAACCUUUUGUUUUGUUUUUCGCUGUUAUCGGUAUGAGUUUAUAGCGAGCUUUUCACCUCGCUCGCGCUGUAAAGUUAAUGUUUUCGUAAAACCUCAGUGUUUCCAGCUUAAUGAGAUGCGUGUGUUGACUUCAUUAAAGUUUAUGGUGACUCUUGAAUCUCCUAAAAAUCUUUUACAUUGUGAUCUUAUUUAUUUAGAAGUACACAGAUGAACAAGUUAAUCACUGACAUUGUUUUACCCGCACUAUCCUGGGCUGGAGAGCUCUCCCUGUUCAGUUUAGACCAAAUUGCAGAGGCAAAACAUUUUUUAAUAUUUGUAUCUGAAUUCCUGCUCAGGAUGUCUCACAUUAAAGAGAGUCUUCUUCAAGUUUGCGGCAUGGACCGGACACAAGCUUUGCACUGUGUUUGGUUAAUAUUGACUUUGAAGGUAGUGUGGUGGAGCCGCAGAGCGGACUCCCCUCACCCAGUCCACGAGACCCACUGCUGAAUCCUGACACACACAUGGAUGUUCAGGGGUAUAAGUGGGUGCGCUGGCGGGUGUGGUUGUGUCGACUGGCUGCCCUGCUGUCCUUGGGGCUCCUCCUGCUUGUGUUUCACUGGCGCCCACGGUUUGGUGUCUUUGCCCGCUGCAAGUCCUGCCCUCUGGCUUUGGCGGAUAUUCUGCUUCUCAGAGACAGUUUUGGCCAGCAGCAUGUGGUGGAGGUCCUUACAGAGGAGAUGGAGGAGGGAAGUUUGGAGUUGCUUGGACAGUCAGAGGAUACUGAAUCCAGAGAUACAGUUCAGCUGUACAAAGAGGAGAAAACACUGCUACGGUACUACCUGUUUGAAGGACUGCGUUACGUCUGGGUGGAUAGGAAAGGCGCGUUCUGUCGUGUUAGUGUCCUCAAUGAGGACUGGACCUGCAAUAACCUGCAUAGCUUCCAAAAGGGACUGAGUCCCCUGGAGCAGAGCUUUAGGAGAACCAUAUAUGGAACAAAUCUUAUUGAUGUGCCUGUGAAGCCUUACACAAAGCUGCUGUUUGAGGAGAUCCUCAACCCAUUCUAUGUGUUCCAGAUGUUCAGCAUCGUCCUCUGGAUGGUUGAUUACUAUUAUAUUUAUGCCAUAUGUAUAUUUAUUGUCUCUGUCAUCUCCAUCACUAUCUCACUUUAUGAGACCCGGAAGCAAAGCAUCACGCUUCGCAACAUGGCCCAGCUAAUCACAACCGUCACUAUUCGCAGAAAGUCAGGAGAGGAGGAGUGUGUGAGUUCGGUGGAAUUGGUCCCCGGCGAUUGUUUGAUCAUCCCUCAGGAAGGUAUGCUGCUGCCCUGCGAUGCUGCCCUGCUGGCUGGGGAGUGUCUUGUCAAUGAGAGCAUGCUCACAGGCGAAAGUGUCCCAGUGCUCAAGACUCCACUGCAGGCUAGUGAUAGGAAGUACAGCUCAGACACUGAGCGCAGACACACCCUGUUCUCCGGUACGCAGCUCAUUCAGGCAAAGGGAGGAAGACCAGGAGGCGUUGGGGCUGUUGCUGUUGUUACAAGCACCGGGUUUUUCACAGCCAAAGGUGACCUGGUCAGCUCCAUUUUAUAUCCUCAGCCAAUCGACUUCCGCUUUUACCGAGAUGCCGUCAAGUUCCUGCUCAUCCUGGCUUUAGUUGCUCUCAUUGGAACCAUUUACGUUUUUGUGGUCCUCUAUAGAUCAAAUGUGACCUGGGCGGAGCUGGUUAUUAAGAGUCUGGAUAUUGUGACCAUUGCGGUGCCUCCCGCGCUGCCUGCUGCCAUCACUACUGGCACAAUCUACGCUCAGCGCAGGUUGAAGCAACAUGGCAUCUUCUGCAUCAGUCCACCGCGCAUCAACAUCUGUGGCAAGGUCUCACUCUUCUGCUUUGACAAGACAGGAACAUUGACAGAGGAGGGUCUGGAUGUGUGGGGAGUGAUGGAGGCGGGGCCUGCCGGUUUUUCAGAGCUGGUGCCUGAGCCCAGGCUUUUGCCUCCGGGGCACCUGAGGUCCGGCUUGGCCUGCUGUCACACUGUUGCGCUGCUGCAUGGCCAGCUCCUCGGAGACCCUUUGGAGCUUAAGAUGGUCGAGUCCACUGGUUGGACUCUUCAAGAGCCAGAUGGCGAUGGCGGUGUGCUAAAUGCAGAGUUUGGAGGCCACAAAGUUUUGGCAGUAAUGAGACCACCAGAUCAACAAGCUUAUGGAGCAUCCACAGAUGAGGCGAUGGCCAUUGUACAAAGGUUUCCCUUCUCCUCGGCCCUGCAGAGGAUGAGUGUGGUGACAGUGACCCACGGGGGGCGCUCAGCUCUUGCUUUCAUCAAAGGCUCUCCAGAGAUGGUGGCGAGCCUCUGUCACACUCAAACAGUUCCAGCACAGUUCUCCAGCAAACUGCACAGCUUCUCCAGUGAAGGCCUCAGGGUUCUCGCAGUCGCCUACAAGCCAUUAGAUGUGAACUCUAACUUAAGCACCAUUGAGCGAGGGGAAGUAGAGAAAGACAUGCACUUCCUGGGUUUGCUGAUGAUGAAGAACUUGGUAAAGCCUGAGAGUGCCAAAGUUAUCAACAUUCUGAGAAAGGCGAACGUUCGCAGCAUUAUGGUCACUGGGGACAAUGUUCUAACAGCAGUUAAUGUAGCAAAAACCUGUGGGAUGGUGGGAUCUGACGAGAAAGUGAUAUUCGUCACUGCAACCCCCCACACUGCCCAGUCCAUGCCCACCCUGAGGUUCAGCCUGGAGGAGGAAGCGGCUCUUUCUGGCCAAAGUUCAGUAGAGGUCAUCACUCAGGGUUUGUAUCAGGGUGGUUUUGUCUAUCACUUGGCUAUCAAUGGCAAGUCCUUUGCUGUCCUCUGUGACCACUUUCCUGAGUAUCUGCCGAAGAUUUUGAUGAGAGCCACGAUAUUUGCACGCAUGGCCCCUGACCAGAAAACCCAGCUAGUGAAGGAGCUGCAAAAACUGAACUACCGAGUGGGGAUGUGUGGAGACGGGGCCAAUGACUGCGGGGCACUAAGAGCUGCUGAUGUCGGGGUUUCUCUUUCCGAAGCCGAGGCUUCAGUCGCUUCACCUUUUACUUCCAAAACUGAAAACAUCAGCUGUGUGCCCCUGCUUAUCAGAGAGGGACGAUGUUCUCUGGUCACCUCCUUCAGUCUCUUUAGAUACAUGGCCCUCUACAGCCUCAUUCAGUUCUGCUCCGUCAUCAUCCUCUACACAGUGAAGACGAGCAUAGCAGACCCGCAGUUCCUGUAUUUUGACGUUCUCCUGGUGACUGUGCUGGCCAUUGUGAUGGGGAGAGGAGGUCCUAGUGAAGAGCUGUACCCUUCCAGACCCGCGGCUAGUCUGUUGGCCCUGCCUGUCCUGGGCAGCCUCUUCAUCCACACCUGCAUGAUCGCUCUGGGCCAGCUGGCUGCGCUCUUCAUCACAACCUCAGAGGAGUGGUAUAUUCCUCUCAAUGCGACUGAGUUCGGAACAGCCAAUCUGCCAAACUUGGAAAACACCUGUGUGUUUGACAUAUCGGGUUUCCAGUACAUCAUCAUGUCAGUGGUACUCACCAAGAGCUACCCCCACAAGAAACCCCUCUACCACAACAUGGUUUUCCUUAUCCUGCUGUUCAUCCAGUUUGGUGUGAUGACCUGGCUGGUGUUGUAUCCUGGGCCUGCCAUUAGCUGGUUACUUCAACUGUACAACAUCUCUGACAUGAAUUUUAAAUUGCUGCUCGUUAGUCUGGCUGCUCUCAACUUCCUCAUUUGUUUUGUCGUGGAGGUGCUGAUAGACCUGGGUCUUUUGAACUGCCUUCGACUGCUGCGAGGGAAGCGUCCAUCUAAGAAACAAUAUAAACAGCUGGACUCUCUUCUGUCAGACUCCUCAUCAUGGCCACCCCUCAAUCAAACUCUGACCCCCACAGAUACAGUUUUGUACUGUAGCUAGCAUCGGCUUGGCCUUCUGUGACUGUAAUCUGAGCCAAACUAUGCCACAGAUGUCCAAACUACAUCCCCAACUUGACCAACAAUGCAAAGUCAUGUUUACCUUCAAUAAUAAACUAAUUUUUAUUUAAGCUG